AUGUUCCUCGAUCUCGAGAGGCAGUUGCGCUUCUAUGGCGCAUAUCAUCAUGAUUCGGUCAACAUCGGCAUACACUUGAUCGGCGUUCCAAUCAUCCUCUGGACCUUCUUCCUGCUCGGCACAAACACUCCACCGCUGGUGAAACUACCUGAGGCGAUGACAAUCCCAAACCUCGAUCUCAACGUAGGCACAAUAUGCUGCUUAUGGUACUGUGGGCUAUAUAUCUUGUUGGAGCCCGUGGCAGGGACGGCACUUUCGGCAUUACUUCUGGCGGGCACUGCGUAUGCAAAACACCUCACAACAGUCUAUGGAAUGACAGCGAACUACUGGGCGUUGGGAGGCUUUAUCGCUUCAUGGAUCGCACAAUUCCUUGGGCAUGGGUUGUUUGAGGGACGAGCACCAGCGCUUCUGGACAACAUAUUCCAAGCAUUCUUCCUGGCCCCGUUGUUUGUCUGGCUCGAAACACUAUUUGCUCUGGGGUACAGGCCGGAGCUAAAAAGCCGCAUGGACAAGAUGGUGGUUGAGGAUAUCGCCAAAUUCCGAGAGUCCAAGGCUCAGAAGGCCGGUGUAACCACCAACGUAAACACCAACGGCCACCCAAAACAACCAUGA